AUGCCUGUCCCACCAGGCACGGAACCCGACGCCGCAAUGGUGUCUACAGGCGCUAAGCCUGACAAGCUCCUGCUUGUAGAUGAUAACAACAUCAACUUGGGGGUGCUUUCUGAGUACGUAACAAAGCUCGGGCUACGGUUCGAAACCGCUCUCAACGGUAAAGAAGCCUUUACCGCAUACGAGGCGGGCUCCGGUCAAUUUGCAGCCGUCUUAAUGGAUAUUUCGAUGCCUCUCAUGAAUGGUUUCGAGGCAACAAGAGAGAUUCGUGCCUAUGAAAAUGCAAGCAAGUUACCCCGCGUGGCAAUCCUAGCCUUGCAUCGGAAAGCGCCCAGCGAGAAGCACUGGAGAGUGGCGUGGAUAUCUUCUUAA